UCUGCUGUAUGACAAAUUAGUCUGCGAAAUUUCACGAUGGAUUGGAGUUUUAUAAAACCACUCCUAUCUAAUCGAUAUGGAGCUUUAAAUAAAACUGAUAUAGUUAAUAUAAUUAAAGCUGUAACAAGAUGUGAAAACGAUUUUUUCGAUGAUGAAAGCAAUUAUGCUCAAUUUUACAUGGCAUUUGCGGCUCUUGCUGCAGAAAAAUUAAGCCAGUGCAAGCAAGUUUGUCAAACACAGGUGCCGCAAAUACAAGAAGCCUGCGCCGUACUUAUACGUUUUAUACUACAUAAAUUGAGCAAAAUAACUAAGAAACCGAGCUACGCACAAUCUCUGAGAGACGAGAUAAAAUGGCUGCUACCAGCUUUGAAAAGCCUUUGCGAGGGCAAGUCCACACCAUCCACACAAACGAAAACAAACACAAGCAAUGCUUCUGGUGGCGCUACUGGGAGUGUGUCCAACUCAUCGCUGUUACAAUUCGAUUACAACGUUGUAGCAGCUGUUUUGAAGAGUGCCAAGUACCCCGAACUCAACAAAAGCAUUGUGUCUGGUAGUGACAAGGAGUCGCCCAAGUCAGAGAUAAAACGUUCCCGUUCCGAUUUAUCGACGGUAAUAUUCCAACAGCUUACUGCGCCGUUAGAAGCUGGAAAAAUUACAUGGUCACCCUUGAGCGAAGAACUCACAGAUUGUUCAGAAAUUUUUUCAAUAGCAAAUAUUGCACAUUUGCAAUCACUAAAUGGCGCCGACGUUAUACUCGAUGUGUGCAUUUCCUUGCCCAUUUUGUCACGUUAUCGCACGAAGUAUUAUGAAACUGUCGGCGCUUUUAGUACUAAGCCACUAUACUUGCCCUUGACACAGACCGAUGCCGCACAAAUUAAAAACACUCUUGCACACAUGGUCACAGACAUUUCCAUUCUGUGGCAGGCUAUAUCAUUGCCCAUAAUGCAACCACUUUCACCAAGCCGUAUAACGAAAUUGUCCAACUGUGCUAUAUCUGCGCUUUACUGUGCUGUGUUGACAUCGAUUGCCAGCAGUGUGCUUAGCAUGACCAGCUCAGUAUCGUCACAAAAGAGCCAACAAUCGUCAGGUGGUGGUAGUGGCACGCAAUCAAAAGAAACCGAUGAAACUGAGGAGCAUGCCCGUUUUAUUGUCGACAAAGCGCUUGAAAUUUACACUAUUAUUGGUAAUGUUUUCAAAACGUCUGCUCGUUCGCAUAUCUAUCAGAAUCAUUUGUGCUUUGGUGCCUGGCUAUUGGUUAGUGGUAUACAGGGGGCACUUGGAGCUUCAGGUAGCGGUGCUGCUAGCAGCAAAUCCUCAGCACAACUGGACGAUCCCGCCAAAUCUAAGACGGCUGUUGGCGGCACUCAACGCGCACCAGACACGCCAUCCACACCAACUGCACGAGUUAAUCUCUUCAAAGUGCAACAAGGCUUCGGCGUGCUCAAUGCCGCAAUUGCUAAUCACUGUAUUAAACUGCUUAGUGAGCUUGUUGAAGACUUAAAAAUUGAAUCCACCUGCAAUGACAUCGGUGUUAACAACACCAAUGAGAAUUUACCAGAGCCAGCAAGUUUCGAUAUAUUAGAAAACUACACCUCAUUGCAGCGUCUAAUUCGUGUACUCAACACAGCCACUCUGCAUCAACUCUUCACUUUUCUAGCAACUGUUGCUUACAGGAAGGCUUGCGCUCUCAAACGUGCAAACGCAAAAGAUCGCACAGAAUGUGAAGCCAUCAGCUAUUCAGAUUCAACAACAUACUUUAAUGAUACGCUCUCUUGCUCGGAUAACUCUGAGGAAGAUGAUAGCGAGAGCUAUUUGGGUCAUUGGUUUAAAGAGACACUCUCUCCUGAAGCGAACGAUGAGGCGGCAAAUGCGCAGGCGCAAGAACGAAGCAAUGAGGCGCAAAAAUCCAAUUUGGUGCCGGCAGUCGAUGAGCCACAUGAAUAUUUGGAUUUAGCUGCGCAAAUAUUUUGCUUCAUGGAGCAAUUUUUCGCCAACAAACAUGCCUACCUGCAUCGCUAUGUAAAAGCUGGCUUAAGCGACCAGCAGAUGCUACUGCUGGCAAAUAUACUCAAGGAUCUUGAUCGUGAUGCGGCACGCGGAGAAGCUGAAGCAAGUACGUGUGCUAAAUGGCAGGCCGCAAUGAUACGCUUUUCAGGUGCCGUUGGUCGUUAUUUGCACAACUUGAUAUCGGCCUCAUUGUUAAGUGAAUCCUUACAAUCCAAUUUACUACAACAUCUAUCGAUUUCGCCGUGGUCGACAGACACAAACGCCUGGCCGUUGCAAGUCUAUCCAAGCACACUUUCGGUGCUAGUGCAAAUUCUACUGCUUAAGCCAACGCAAGAGAAGGAGGCUGCAUGCCUAUCCGUCUGGCAUCGUCUAAUCAACACUCUUGUAGAGGGCGUUUGCUGCACUUCCGUUGCGAGCACAGCAUCUGAUGUCGAUUACGAGGAUCUUAACAUGGAACAUGCGCAACUGCUACUAUUUCUAUUUCAUUCGUUAAAUUUGAUGCAAAAGAAAAUGAUACUGUUGCUAACCGCCGGCGCCGUGACACGUUGCGCUGAAGUGUGUCGCGGCAUUUCGCCAGAUAAGCCUGUACGCAAUAGCCAAAUAAUGUUACUAUCGCGUCUACUACUCUUUCUGGAGUAUUUAAUGAAGCAUUUGUACAAUGCACCACCCGAGUUGUUGGAUCAAGUGCGCUGGAAUUUAUUUAGCAUAACUACAAUGCAUGAAAAUCAAAAAGUAUCUGAUUUACUCAACAGCAAAACGAAGCUCACGUCUUUCUGCCGCAAGGAUAUUGAAGAGAAGUUUCGUAAAUCCUCUUCGGACUAUCUAUCCAAUAUACGUCCAACAUUUUAUUCGCUCUCCGUCGUCGAUCCAGCAGCGACUUCUAUUCAACAAGAAUUCAAGCUCGACGGUUUAGCAUGGAAUUUCAUCCUCUGUACGCCCGACAAAUUGAAAUACCCCCUGCUAGUGGAUGCACUAAUCGAUAUACUGUCCGUCACGGACAUGUCGCAAAAUAAAGUCACGUCACACACCUUAUGCGCCAUGCAAUAUUGCUUCAGCAUUUGUUGGAAAUUGUUGUUGGGAUUGCCGCCUUCUACGGUACACGUGGAAUCGUUGAUGGAAGACAAAGUGCCGAAUUUGCAUUCACUGCUGUGGUCUAUCCGUUGCCCUAUGCCAACGUCGCAUUACCUGAUAGUGAACAGUUUAAUCAAGCAGGGCAUGUACACACAGUUUGCCGAAACUUUAUGGUCAAAUGUUAGCGAUCGAGUCAGCGAUAUUGGUUUCAAUUUGAAACAAACAUUGCUGGGCGUAGAGUCAUUCAAUAAUACAGUUGAUAAGAUAAGUCCACGCCUAUCCCACAUCAUUCUUCUCGAUGCCGUUGUUGCUCACAUGCAAGCAGUGGCUUGGGCUGCCAAAGAGGGUAUUAAGCUGCAGCGGGCAGCUGCCAGCACCAGUAACAGCGGCAGUGCUAGUCCCAGUUUGCCCAGCUCUAAUUCACCGAUCACCACAGGCGAGCAGGAUGUAUAUUCCUCUUCGGAAUCGUUGGAUCAGAAAAAUAAAUCGGAUUCACCAUCCACAUUGCUGCAAGAGCGCGCGCAAAUUAGCCGGGAUUUAUUGUCAUUGUUAAUUGUAACCUACAAAAUCGUAGUUGAAACAGUACGCAGCAAAAUGACGUUACAACUUACCGACGCCACACCGCUGAAUAUAUUGAACCUCAUCGUACCAAUCGUUAGCUCACAAAACCCACUCACUGCUGAGCUAAAUGCAACAUUUAUAAAGCUCUUGCCAAAUCAAGAUAAGGAUAUAAUAAAUGUGGAGUGGCCAAAGUGCUUGCGCGUAUCUGAAAGUGCUGUAUUCACCAAGCCUAACUAUCCAGUUGAGGAAUAUACCCUGACUGUAAUUGAAGCGCAUAUUAUGGAGCUAACACGCUACAACAACUACUCGCUUCUAAACUCGCUGAAACACUGCAUGAAGUCCAUAUUGAGUCUGAUUGAUUUGCUACUUCCAUACUGCAAUAUUGACGUCGCGCCUAGUGCAUGCGCUACAAAUGCCGCUUCGGACAUUGAAAGAGAAUUGAAAUCAGUACUCAUUUCGACAAUGCUUGAUGUACGUAUGGAAUAUGUGUAUGAAAGAAGCGAGAAAUGCAUGAACACUCUAAUGAAUGGCAGCGAUGGCAGUGCCGAAGCGCAACAGCUGCUCGUUUACGAGUACACAUUGAGGCACUGCUACAAGCUCUUAUUAGAAUUCGCCAACGAGCUCCGCCAGUCACAGGCAAACACAAAUAAGGUAAUCUUUAGCGAGGUCAUGUUUUUCGCUGUGCUCAAGACCAUGACACAAAUGCUUGACAAACCCACUGGCGUUAGGGCAAUGCAUAAUUUCUUUAAAGUAAACAAAGAGGGCAGCUUGGUGGAGCUGCUGUUAUCUUUCACAGGCACCACAAUGUCAGUUUGUUAUGCCAGAAAAUUAUUGCAAUUCGUUGAGAAACUGUUCCAAUUGGGGGAUCAAGCUGAUUGUAAUUUUCCCAUGGAAGAUAUUGUGCAGUGCUUUGGCGAAUUGUCCAAUGUUGAUGGUGCGCGCAUCAAGGCUUGGCUUAGUCACGUUAUUUAUGGACCUCACGGCGCACAAGGCGGUUCGGAUACAGUGGAUAAAGUGCUCGCGAGCAUGCAACCCUCUAGUACGCCCUCGAGCAAUGCUCAAACGCCAACGAAUAUGGCCACCGUAUCGGCGAUACCUAGCAUAACGGAUCAAUUGGCGCAAUCUUCGGGUUUGGACGCAGAGGCGAUGGAGACGGACGAUGAUGGCGCGGUGGCGUGUGGACCCACUAUGCUGCAAGCAGAGACGUUUAACCUUUGGCAAAACGCCGGAAACAGUUAUGUGACUAACCAGUCUGAUGAAUCAUCGCAAGAUGCGGAAAACAGCAAACGCAAUGGCGCACUCUUACUAAACGUCGUAAAAUAUAUAACGCGUGAUAGCAAAUCUCCAGCCGGUGUUGCGAUGAUACUUUUUCAAUCGCUUCUACAAUUAGGGCAGUCUUUGAUUGCUCCACCACAGGAGGCCUCGGAUUUUGCCGACAUUCUACAAGUAAUGAUCACACUUGCCGAUACCACACAAGGACGCGGACAUGCUACGCUCUUUAAUGCCGCAAUUGUUUGGCUCGAAAUCACUAAAUUCCAAGUGCUCGAACGUGCUUUGAAUCCCAAAAACCUUACUUCUCUGGUACCAACUGUAACCCUAGAAAACAUCAACGCGUUGCUGAAAUAUCUUAGCGAAUUACUGCAGAGUCUUGGCUACAAGGGUAGCAAAAAUCUAACACCGCCAUGGGAUGAUGAAAUGCAGACCGAUUUAGAGGAACUAAUUGAUGAUCUGGGCAUCGAGGAGGAUGACUCGUUUGUUGAAGACUCCGAUGAAGAUAGCCUUAAUAAUAAGCUUUGCACAUUUUCACAAACACAAAAAGAAUUCAUGAAUCAGCAUUGGUAUCAUUGCCACACCUGCAACAUGGUGAACACUGUUGGUGUGUGCUCAGUUUGUGCACGCGUGUGCCACAAAGGACAUGACGUCAGCUAUGCCAAAUAUGGUAACUUCUUUUGCGAUUGUGGCGCCAAGGAGGACGGCUCGUGCCAAGCGCUUAGCCGGCGCGUUUCAUCUAGUGGCGGUGGCGGCAUAGGCAACAGUGGCACUGGUGCAGAAAGUCGUCAACUCAUCGAUUACUCUCAAAGCGCGUACGCAAGCAAUAUAAGUGUAUUAAGCAGCAAGAAACGUGCCCAAACACCACCUACGCAAAUCGUCGCCUAUAGUCAGCGUGUGGAUGCACCAAACGAACGCAUUACAUUGCUGAUGAAGUUGCUGGAGCCCAGUCGUGAAGUCUUACAGAAUAACGAGCAAUGGAGUGUCAUAGUACGCUGCAUACUCGACUUUUUCGAUGUAUUAUUACCGUCGAUACGUGAAAACUGCGCACUCUUCUCGAUUGUUGGUUGUCAUAAGCGUGCAAAGGCAGCGCUGGAUCGCUUACAUACACCCGAGCAAAAUUUCCAAAUGACCGAUCAAUUGAUGGUGCCAACACUAGGCUCGCAGGAGGGUGCAUUCGAAAAUGUACGCAUGAGCUAUUCGGGUGACCAAGGACAGACCAUAAAGCAACUGCUAUCGUCUGGGUUGGUGCGACGCGUCGCGUUGUGUUGCCUUUCGUCGCCGCACGGCAAACGCCAGCACUUGGCAGUGUCGCAUGAGAAAGGGAAAGUUACGAUUUUGCAGCUAUCAGCAUUGCUCAAGCAGGCAGAUGCUGCUAAGCGUAAACUUACGCUCACACAACUCUCUUCAGCACCCAUACCCUGUACGGUGCUCUCACUCACAGCCAAUCCCGCGAAUGAGGACUGCUUGGCCGUAUGUGGCUUGAAGGAGUGCCACAUUCUGACAUUCUCAAACAGUGGCACAACCAACGAGCACAUUGUAUUGACGCCUCAGCUUGAGAAUGGCAACUUUAUCAAGAAGGCCAACUGGCUGCCCGGAUCGCAAACUAUGUUAGCGCUCGUCACGGCAGAUUACGUUAAAAUCUACGAACUUGCUGAAGAUUCUUACAGUCCAAAGUAUUACUUUCUGGUGGCUAUAGGAAAAAUACGUGACUGCACAUUUGUUUAUCAGGAUGGCGUAUAUUACAUGUUGAUCAUAGCUUCUUCUGGGUACAUUUAUUACCAAAAAUUGGACGAUCAGAGUUUAGCUAAGCAUGGGGAUUUCUAUGUAACCAACACUUUGGAAUUGAAUCACCCACACAUCAAGGAUGUUAGUGGGCAAGUUGGUGGAGGUGGUGUAUCAAUUUAUUACUCACACACACUUCAACUGCUGUUCUUCAGUUAUUCGGUGGGCCGUAGUUUUAUGGCACCACUUUCCGAUGUCAAUAAAGGCGUAAAGAGUAUUACAAAUCUACAGACUACACCAGCUUCAAAGAACUCGUCGAAGGGCCCGCCGCAACCACUGUGUCAGUGGACUGAAAUUACUGGGCACCCUGGGUUGAUUUGUGCCAUGAUGCAUACCUCCAAUAAUCCAGUUAUAUUCAUGUUUACCCCCGAACGCAUUCUCAUGCAAGAGAUCAAGGCGCAGUCCUCCAAGUCUCGCAUUAUGGACAUGGUUGCCAUACGACAUACUGUGUCGGGUGUGGAGAAGACUACACUAAUACUGCUGUGUGAAGACGGCAGUUUGCGCAUAUUCACCGCCCAACCGGAAAACACCAGCUUCUGGCUGUCGCCGCAGGUGCAACCCUUCGGCAAUCAAUUGUACUCCUCCACACUUUUCGUUAAAUGCAACUCUAACAAGAAGUCCAAACGUAAAACAAUAAAUCAGCAAAAAACCGUAGGCCCCAACGGCGCACCAAUAUUCCCAAUCGAUUUCUUCGAACAUUGCACGAUGCUUUCCGACGUGGAGUUCGGCGGCAACGAUCUGUUGCAAAUAUAUAACAAACAAAAACUCAAGACACGUCUUUUCUCAACGGGCAUGUUUGUGGCCUCUACAAAGCCAACCGGCUUCACGCUCGAAGUAUACAACAACGACCCGAACACAGUGAUUGUGGGCAUACGCGUAUUACUCGGAACGCAGGAUCCACUACGCGCGCCACAAAGCGUCACUGUGCUAGGACGUACCAUCCCCACUGUUGUGCGUCGAGCACGUUGGUUCGAUAUACCGCUCACGCGUGAGGAGAUCUUACAGUCAGAUAAAUGUUUGAAAGUGAUUUUCGGUAAGUCACAAGAUCCUGAGAAUGUCAGCAUGCUGGAUAGCAUUGAGGUGUACGGCAAGUCAAAGGAUUUGGUUGGCUGGCCAGAUGACAGCGAUGAGAUCGCCGGUAAUGCUGCAGCAGGUGCGACCGGCAACACCAACACCAAUUUCAAUGGCCAAUUGUCUGCCGCAAACUUUGGUGAAGGGUUCACUUCCAUAAAUAACCUUGAUAAAAUGGUUACAAAUCUUCUGGAAGUGCUUGACUAUUCAUUGGACUUGCUUGGUGGCAGCAAUGUAGCCGCGGCCAUCAAACAGAAGGCUAUAAAGACAGCCAAUUCACUGCUUCUUCUACCAACACCAAAUCAGGUGCAGGCCCAGUCGCGCUAUGUUUUGGCCACUUUGUUCGGCAAUCGCGCCGCUUAUCAUUCUUACAAGGAUAGUGAGGUUAUUCACCAUGUAAACUUAGAACUGCAGGUAUUGAAGGGCAAAAUGAGUAACCCGGAAAUGGUGCGCGAUAUCGACCCGGAGGCUUUCUAUCGUUUAGUGCUGUUGGUGCGUGGUAUAGCCAUGUCGCGUCCACAAUCGCUUACAAAAAUUUGCCUAGAGAACAACAUCGAGUUAGUACAGGAUAUAAUACAGUUAGUCGAAAAACUGUAUCAAAUAACUCCGAGGGUAGAUGAGCCAACUUCGAUCGUGAGGCGGGGUCUCAGCCAUACCGAAACUAUUGUUCAUUGCUUAGUCGAGAUAAUGCACGCAUUUGCUCUAUCCGACGCUAAUCAAGUGGAGCGUAUGACAAAAUACUUUAUAGACCUUCUAAAGAACGAGUCGAGCGUAAUUAGUCAUAGCGCCAAGGAAGCUAUUAUACUACUGCUUAAUCCACGAUUGAAGCGUCGCAAAGUUGCCAUUGUGACGCCACCAGUUUGUUCGACGCCUACGCCCUCUAAUGCCACUGUGACUGCUACUUCAUCCAACCUAGCAUCGCUGGCAGUAGCUGGUGCAGCCGAAGAAGCCGCCGAUGAAGUUUUGGAAGCAGCCGCAGCCGCCGUAAGCGGUCCGUCAGCAGCUGCGGUCGGUCGAAGUAAUAGUGCUGAGUUUGUGGACGCAAGUGCUCUAGACCCUCUUGCACACGAUGCCGGGCAUCAGCUAUUAAACUUGGAAGCUUUCAUGGGCGGCGGCUUCCCGCAACUUCUGGGUCUACAACAAGACGCCGACGAUGAGGCGAUAAUGGAUUUGGCGAUUGCUUUAAGCUUGCAGCAACACGACGGCGAGGGGCUGCAAUCCCUACAACAAGGCUUAGCAAAUCUUCAGGGCAUUCGUAAUGCGGGCAAUCUGCAUAAUUUGCAAGCGCUUGAAACCAACAAUAUGGGUAUGGCGGCUAACGCAGCAAGUGUUUCGGCAGGUGGCUCGGAUGAUGAAGGUUCAAAUGUAGCCACGGAUGGUUCUACGUUGCGUACAUCACCUGCCGAACCAGCAGGAAGCGGUGGUUCAGAGAGUGGUGGCAGUGGCGUGGAAAGUAUUGGUGGUACAUCGGGACGCAGCAGCACCUACGGCGAUCAGGCAAAUGCUUCGCCACCGCGUUCAGCUAAUGCCCCCUCUGACAUACACAUAACCAGCAAAUCGAAUACAACUAGCGGCGCAGUAGGUGGGACAGAGGAACCAGUUGCCAGUACCAGCGCUGCAGCUGCUGCAGUGUCAUGUGCAGCAAGUGAAGAAUUGGUGUCUGAAGAUGAGAAUUUGGCCAAGUUGCACGAUUUGAGAAUUUCAAUUUUGGAAAAUAUCAUCCUUAACAUACAAACCUUCGAUAAUUGCAAUGGCGUCCAGGCCAUACCUUUAAUACAAGUUAUACUAAUGCUAACGACCGAUCUGAAUGGCAAUAACGAGCGCGAUCAAAAAGUGUUAAACGAACUGCUGUCUGCACUGGUCGACUAUGUCGAAAUGGACUCAAUUUCAAACAUAUUUAAGAUGAAGGACCGCAAUGCCAAAAACGAAGUUCGACUAGUGAUGCUUUGCCUGUUCGGGGUAUUGAUGGGCAAAACAAAGUCAAAGCAAGCCGGCACUACAUCACCGCCGCAUCAAUUCAAGGAUAACGCCUCGUUUGUGGCCAGCACUACGGCAAGUAUUCUUAGCAACAACGGCGCAUUCACGUUUUCAUUGGUUGUAAUGGAAUCCCUACUCGAACACUGGAAGCGUGUAUCGAGUGAACAAAGCGCAAAUGGCAACAACUCGGCUGUAGCCGGAGGAAUGCCCAUUGCUGCAGCUGCAACAACACCUACUCAAAAUAAUCUACUUAAACCGAUAAGAUAUGGCGCCAAACCAGAUAUUUCAAUGCUAAUACCACAUAACUAUUUGAAAAACUAUCCUGAUAUUUUCGAAUCAUACGACGCAUUGCUCACGGAGAUUUCAGUGCGUUUACCAUAUCAAAUCUUACGACUGUCUGCCACACAUCCGGGACCUUACGACUGGUAUCACAACUACUGUGAGAAUAUGACUUAUACGCUAUGCGAAUAUAUGAUGCUAAAUUUAAAUGCGCUAUUACGGCGCCAAGUGCGCAAGUUGCUGAUGUACAUUUGUGGUAAUAAGGAGAAAUUCCGCAUGUUCCGCGAUGGGCACUCGCUCGAUGUACACUUCAACUUUGUGAAGGAGAUUUGCAGUCUGUUCAAUACCAAGAACUUGGUUCUCUCGAAUCAAUCUAUUCCAAUACUCAGCUAUGACUCCCUUGUCGAACUCACCGAACAUUUGCGCACUUGCCAAGAGAUCAGUCAAAUACGAACCGGCAAUUGGCAGAAAUUUUGUCUCAUUCAUGAAGAUGUCAUUCCGGUAUUGAUAGAAAUUUCUUGCUACCAACUCGACGAUGGUGUUUCGCCAAUUCUCUUGCAACUUCUCCAAGCGGCACUUUGCAAUAACAGUCAAGCCGUCAAACAGCAGCAGCAUCAGCAACAACCUGGCACCUCAUCGAAAUUGCGCGGUGAUCGUGAUAAAUCUGAAGAGAUUGAACUUUCAUUCGAUUCGAAAUUCGAUUCUGUGCAUUGCAGUACAUUCGUGCAUCAGAUAUUCCGUUUUGUUUCCGAUACGUUACUAAAUAAAUUUGUGCGUAUCUUCUUACUGGAAACAAACAUCACAUCGAUACGCUGGCAAGCACACUCGUUAAUUUUCGCCAUUUACGAGAACUCCAACGAUCGCCAGAAGGAGAAGUUGAUUAGCAUUUUGUGGAAUAUGUGGCCAUUGGUACCGGCCUUUGGCCGUCGUACAGCCCAAUUUGUUGAUAUACUUGGCUAUUUAACGCUAAGCACCAAAUCGAUUGUCGACAAGUUGCCAGAGUACACGGAAAAGGCGGUGGAAGUGCUCCGCCAGCAAAAUGAUCUACUUUCAAAACACCCGAAUGCGCCAAUUUAUACAACACUCGAGCAAACACUGCAAAUGAAUGGCUAUUAUCUAGAAUCAGAACCAUGUCUAGUUUGCAAUAAUCCAGAGGUAGCGAUGGCCAACAUCAAACUACCUUCCAUCAAAUCCGAUUCGAAAUUCACCACAACCACAAUGAUUGUGAAAUUGGUACAAAGUCACACUAUAUCGAAGAUGAUUGUUCGCAUUGCCGAUUUGAAACGCACAAAAAUGGUGCGAACGAUUAACAUUUACUAUAACAAUCGCACAGUACAGGCUGUGGUGGAGCUUAAGAAUCGCCCGGCCAUGUGGCAUAAGGCGCGCUCUGUCACACUGCAGUCCGGACAAACAGAGGUGAAGAUUGAUUUUCCAUUGCCCAUCACCGCUUGUAAUCUGAUGAUUGAAUAUGCCGACUUCUACGAGACAGUGACUGGCUCCAGUGAGAACUUACAAUGCCCUCGCUGCAGUGCCGCAGUACCAGCCUAUCCGGGUGUAUGUGCAAAUUGUGGUGAAAAUGUAUUUCAAUGCCACAAAUGUCGGGCCAUUAAUUACGACGAAAAGGAUCCCUUCCUUUGCCACUCAUGCGGCUUUUGCAAAUAUGCCAAAUUUGAUUUCAGCAUAUAUGGGCGCAUUUGCUGUGCUGUCGAUCCAAUUGAAUCGGCAGAGGAUCGCGCCAAGACGGUGCAAAUUAUACAUUCUUCGCUAGAGCGCGCCGAUCGUAUUUAUCGCCAGUUGCAAACCAACAAACAAAUGUUAGAAUUACUUAUACAAAAGGUGGCUGAACAUCGCUGUUCCGAUCGGCUGGUAGAUGACAACCUUGGCACUGUGCAUAGCACGUCGCAGGUGAACAAAAUCAUACAGCUUUUGGCGCAAAAGUACUGUGUCGAGUCGCGCAGUUCAUUUGAGGAGCUGAGUAAAAUAGUGCAGAAGGUGAAAGCGUGUCGCAGUGAAUUGGUGGCUUAUGAUCGCAGUCAACAGGAUCAGUCGCACAAUGCCCAAGGCAUGGAUAUGCGUGAAAAUUAUGCAAUAAAUCGCUGUUAUGGCUGCGCGUUGGCAUCCACAGAGCAAUGUCUCACGUUACUGCGAGCUAUGGCCUCCAACUAUGAGUGUCGUAUUGGUUUAUAUUCCCAGGGUUUGGUUGAAGAACUAGCCCAACAUAAUCUACGACGUGGCACUCCUCAAAUACAAGAUGAAGUGCGCAAUUUGCUGGUGCUAUUAACAAAGAAUAAUCGCGAUGCCUGUAUGAGUUUACUGGAUUUGAUUACCGAACGCGUGAAAACCGCUCUACUGGGUGCUAUACCAUUGGCUAAUUUAGAUGCAGCAAUACACCAUGAAAUGGUUUUGCUUGAGGUAUUAAUCGCGCAGGAUGAUUUUUGUUGGGAGAAUAAAUUGAAGGUCGUAUUCGAGCUGUUCUUAGUGGCAUGUCGUGCACCACGUGGCCCUGCUGUUUCCGUGAUUCAACCGUGCUUGCGCAUAAUGCAAGCGCUUAUUUGUCCAACAAUACCAACAAGUAAAUUAAAUCGUGAUUUGAGCCCUUCGCAAUUAUCCACCAUCACCAGUAUUGAUGGUCUCACCGUUAACUUCAAUAAGUGGUUAAAUGGCGACCCACAGCACUAUUACGAAGCUUGGAAAACACGUAUGCCUGCGAACACCACAACUAAAGGACGCAAAGGAUUUACCAGCGGAAGUACGAGUGGAAGUACUGCUGCCUCCAUACUUCCAGAUGAUCGCAUGUUGGCUGCAAUGCUGCAAUCGGUCGUUGAACAAAAUAGUGGCUCGAAUAGUGUCAACGUGGCAAAGCCAACAACAGAAUCGGCAGAUUCUGCCAAGAAAAAACGGCAACUCGUACACGAAUUCUAUUUGUCUGAGAAGUAUGGGCGCCGCUGGCGUAAUAUUGUGCUUAAUAAAGGGCAUCUUAAUGCGCCACUAGUGUUGAGCGCUAGUUGGUUGCAGCCUAUUUUAUUCAACCCGAACUCUCGAUUCGGCCGCCAAUUGGCAUGCUCACUCAUUACUUCGCUCAGCCGUACACAUGAACGUAAACGUGAAAUACUGAACUUACUGACUGGUUUUCUGAAGUACGUCGGCGAGGCCGGUGAAGCCAGCGCCGAGUUUCUGGCUUUGUAUCGCGCACUCGCCUCGGAUACUCCAUGGCGCCAAUAUUUGGCUCUAAAAGGUGUGCUUGUUGAAGUCUCUCAACUGCUGACAGCUGAAAUCGUUAAAAUACAUCGCCUGGAGGAGACUACAUUGUCAUCAGAUUUAUCACAAGGCUACGCGCUGCGCCAAUUUGUAGAGUUGCUCUCGCUCUUCCUGGAGAGCGCUACCAUACGACAGGCAUACAAGACACGUCUUCUGGGGCCGGUUCUUGAGGGUUACCUAUCAUUGCGGAAGUUGGUUGUGCAACGUACACGCCUAAUUGAUGAUGCACAAGAGAAACUGCUUGAAAUGUUGGAGGAGAUGACCAGCGGCACCGAGGAGGAAACUCGUGCCUUCAUGGAGAUUCUAAUUGACACAGUUGAGAAAACGCGCAUGAAUGAUAUUAAGACACCAGUAUUUAUCUUUGAGCGUCUGUACUCCAUUAUACAUCCAGAAGAGAGCGAUGAAAGUGAGUUCUUUAUGACUCUAGAGAAAGAUCAGCAACAAGAAGAUUUCUUGCAAGGGCGCAUGUUGGGCAAUCCGUACCCCUCAACUGAGGUAGGACUUGGUCCACUAAUGCGCGAUGUGAAGAACAAAAUUUGUACGGAUUGCGAGUUGAUAGCGCUGCUAGAGGAUGACAAUGGCAUGGAAUUAUUGGUUAAUAAUAAAAUUAUCAGCCUGGACUUGCCCGUUAAAGAUGUCUACAAGAAGGUGUGGCUAGCAGAGGGCGGCGAACGUGAUGCAAUGCGAAUUGUAUAUCGCAUGCGUGGAUUGUUGGGUGAUGCCACCGAAGAAUUUGUCGAAACACUAAACAAUAAAAGCCAAGAAGAAGUCGAUACGGAACAGCUGUACCGCAUGGCUAAUGUGUUGGCCGACUGCAAUGGUUUGAAGGUGAUGCUCGAUCGUAUUGGCAGCUUGCAGAAUAUAUCGCGAACUCGCGAAUUAAUACAAGUACUACUUAAAUUGUUCUUGAUUUGUGUGAAAGUGCGUCGUUGUCAAGAAGUGCUCUGCCAACCCGAAUUAGGCGCCAUCAACACACUGCUUAAAGUGUUGCAAAUGUGUCUGCAGUCGGAGAAUGAUUCCAUACAAUCGUCGGUAACUGAACAAUUAUUGGAGAUAAUGGAGACCAUACUCUCGAAGGCAGCCAACGAUACACUGGACUCAUUUUUGCAAUUCUCAUUAACUUUUGGUGGACCCGAGUAUGUAUCGGCGUUGAUAUCUUGUACCGACUGUGCAAAUGUACGCAACAAUCCUUCGGUGUUGCGCCACCUUAUACGCGUGCUAGCGGCGCUGGUAUACGGCAAUGAGGUGAAAAUGGCACUGUUAUGUGAGAAUUUUAAGGAAAUUCUCGAUUUCAACCACUUUGACAGUGAGCGCACUCCCGAAGAGGAAUUCAAAAUGGAGCUCUUCUGCGUGCUAACCAAUCAAAUAGAACACAACUGCAUCGGCGGCACUUUGAAGGACUACAUUGUCGGCCUCGGCAUUGUUGAGCGUGCCAUAGCCUACAUUACCAAGCAUGCACCCUGUGUUAAGCCAACACUACUACGCACAGACUCAGACGAACUGAAAGAAUUUAUCUCUCGUCCCAGUCUUAAGUACAUUCUACGCUUCCUCACUGGACUCGCAAGCAAACACGAGGCUACACAGCUUGCCAUCAGCAAAGACAUCAUACCAAUCAUACAUCGUCUGGAACAAGUAUCAAGCGAUGAACACGUCGGCAGUUUGGCAGAAAACUUAUUAGAGGCUUUGUGCACCGACGAAGCAACGGCAACACGCGUACAAGAAGUGCGUGAUUUCACACGAGCUGAAAAGAAACGCUUGGCAAUGGCUACACGUGAGAAACAACUGGACGCGCUGGGCAUGCGCACCAAUGAGAAGGGUCAAGUGACAGCCAAGGGUUCUAUUCUCCAGAAGAUUGAAAAGUUGCGCGAUGAGACCGGUCUCACCUGCUUCAUUUGCCGCGAAGGCUAUGCCUGCCAACCAGCCAAAGUAUUGGGCAUCUACACAUUUACCAAACGUUGCAAUGUGGAAGAGUUUGAAUUGAAGUCGCGCAAAACUAUUGGUUACACGACUGUUACACACUUUAAUGUUGUGCACGUAGACUGUCACACCUCGGCCAUACGUUUAGCACGCGGUCGUGAUGAAUGGGAACGUGCUAGUUUGCAAAAUGCUAAUACUCGCUGUAACGGUUUGCUACCGCUUUGGGGACCAGACGUCUCGGAAGCCGCUUUCUCGGCAUGCAUGACUCGUCACAGCAGUUACAUGCAGGAGAGUACUCAGCGGUGUGACAUUUCCUUCCCCAGCAGCAUACACGAUCUCAAAAUGCUAUUGAUGCGCUUCGCUUGGGAGCGAAGCUUCCACGAUGAUGCUGGUGGCGGUGGUCCACAAUCGAAUAUGCACUUUGUGCCCUAUUUGCUCUUCUAUGCAGUGUAUUUGCUGUUGUCCUCACGCUCAGCAGCACGUGAUUGCAAAACAUUGAUUGCAUACUUGACUGCAGCGCCAUCGGAUAAAUGGUUGGAGUGUGGUUAUGAGGUCGAAGGUCCAUUAUAUAUGUUGACUAUCUCGCUGGCUCUACAUAGCCAUGAAACAUGGAAUAAGCAUAAGUUGUCUCAUUUGAAGCGUUUAAUUGCCGUAGCACAGGCGCGUCAUAUCUCACCAUCGGUUCAAUGUAAGGCAUUGUUGUCGCAGAGCGAUCGCCAGACAAAGGAUUAUGGCGUUUAUCGUCCAUUCCUGAUGAUGUGGGCCCUAAUCGAUUUAAUAUAUAACGUUUUAUUCAAAUCGGUGAGCACCCCCAAGGAGGAGGACUGGUCAAUUUCACUGUUCGAUUAUAUACGAAAGAGCGACGAAGCUAUGCUCAAGUCGACCGAUACGAUUUUGCAAACAUUCACUGAAGAAUUCCUGCCAUGCACAUCUUUCGGUGAAUUCUGUGAUGUAGCUGGACUUCUGCAUUUGAUUGAAAAUCCUGACGGUUUUGUCGAUGAAGUUUUGGCUUCCCUUCCCACAACAUCAUCCACUUGAAUUGAGGAAAAUAUAAUUAAACAAUAAAUUUUAAAACUGCUUCUGGUUGUCGAUUGCUAAUCAUAACAUUAUGGCACUGAAUCUACUAGCAUACAUGUAAUCAAAUUCAUUCACCACACAAUGUUACUGAAUGUUUGCUGAUAAAUAAAAUAAUCACAUUUAUUUCAAAUUUAAUCUCAAUAAAUGGUAUAGUUUAAAAAGUUA